UAGAUACCACAGUUUCACAUGUAAAAUCCUAAACGAGAAACCAAACCUUGUGACAGAAUCUAUUAACUCUCGCUUGUCAACUUACGUUCAAAUGAGACUCACCUUAUUGGAUAAAUAUAGAGAUUUAAACACACAGUGCAGAAGAAUCAGACUGAGCAUAAAACACAAAAUUCAAAAUUUCUUCAAAAGUAGAGAAAUUUUGGAAAACAGAGAUUUUAGUAUUUUGCAGUCAUUCUUUUUACACUUCGAACAAUACAUAGACAAUCAGGGCACAGCUAGUUUGGAUAAUUUGGAGCUGAAUCUUGGAAAUCUACUGCAUGAAAUCAAUGGUGCAGCAUUCAUACACAAAGUCAAUAUAAGGAAUAUGGAUGCAAGAGAUAUAGCUAAUACAUUGCAACAGAAAUUUGAAGCAACUCUGAUCAGACCCCCUAUCAAAUUCUUUAAAGAUUUAACUACUAAACAACUAAGACCUCUUGCACAUAUCGAUCAAUGUAAAGAUGUAUUAGUAGAACUUUUCAAUCAAUGUCAUACUUUGAUAAAUUUGGAACAGUUUCAACUUGGAGUAUUGAACAACAUGAUUGUCAAUGCAUUUCUUGAACACAAAGAUAUGUUAUUGCUACAAAAGGUUAUGUCAUCAAAGUACGGUGAUAUGGACAUAAAAGUUGAAAAUAAAAUAAAUGAAGAUUCUCAAAGGGAAUUUGAGGCGCAAAUUUACAUAGAAGCCAAGUACAUGGCACAAGUUUCACCCACUUUAAGAUGGAAGGAGGAACAAUGGGUAAUAUUAUGUGUAUAUUCAGUUUUAAUAGCUCUCCUUGCAGCUGUGAUCUAUUUAGGUUAAGUUUGCUAUUUCUGACUUCUCAGUGCCAUUUCUCUCCAGCAAGAACCAAAAGACUUUGUGGCAUAUCACAAUACAACAAGAAAAGAUUAAAAAAUCGGCAAGGUAAAUCUAUAUAAG